GACACUCAAGUUCUUCCACUUCACCCUUGGCAAACCAUGUCUUCAUGGCGCUCGCUUUGUGCUCAAGGGCAUCGUCAUGCUGGAACAGGGUUGGACCUGUUGGUUCCAGUGAGGUUAAAUUAUAAUUCUACAGCAUGCAGAGGCAUCCUAUAUGAUUGUGUGCUUCUACAUUUUUGGCAACAGUUUCGAUUCAGGGAAGAACCACAUGUGGGUGUGAUGGUCGGGUGUUCGCAUACUUUUGACCAUAAAGUGUGUGUUUAGCGGUAAGGAUUUUUUAAGUGGUUUAAAUAGAUGAUGGAAAGUUUUGAGAGUUGGUGUUUACCUUUGAUAUUUGUCUUUUAGUUUCCUGUUAACUCAUGUCCUGCCAGUUUCGAGGAUGAUGCUGAAAACCUGUUGAACGAGUCAGAAAACCUUGAAGUUAUCUCAGUUACACCGGUGUGACUCACUGCUAUCUGGAUGAUGUAACCAAACUGUGAAAGAUAAAUAUUCUUCUGUCCAAUCAUCUCUCGUUAUCGGUUGCAAACAAAUUUUGGUCACUUGCGUUUUUUGCUCAGCACAGUUGGAUAAAAGCGUGUCCGUAAUUGUAAUGGAGAACUCUUAGAAAAGACAUUGUCAGUUUGGCAAGCUCAAGAGGGUGAAGAAGCUGAAGGAUUACGCCUUUUUCACUUUGAGGAUCGAGAUGGUGCUGUUACAGCUUUAGCUGAAAUGAAUGGGAAGGAUUUGGAAGGUGAACAAAUUGAAACUGAAGGGUUCCCUAAAAAUAUGUUUUUGAUUUCAUAAAUUUAAAAAAAGGGACAAGAACUGUUGAGGAGAAAGGUCGAACUGCACACAGAAAUGAAAAUGCAGCCUGUCCUGUUCUACCACUGCGUCUCUCCGUAUAAAGGGGGAUCAGUCACAUGGCCUCCGUUCUUUGGCAGUGACGAUGUCUCAUUUCAGAGAAGCUGCAUGAAACAAGACGAACCCCGAUGACUCAAGAUAACAGAAUUUGAUCAGCAUGACAGUUGGCUUGAUUGAUGCAACAUUCACAUUGACUUGACUGAAGAGCAUCAUCAUCAUGUUUACAGGGGUUAACUCCAUAAUGAUGCUUCCUUACACCAGUAAUGUAGACGAAACCCCUGAGACAAAGUUAAUGAAAGCAGCAUCUCCAGCACCCAGCUGUGUGUCUAUGCAGAGCGAUCGGUCCAUAGAGAAGCCUCCAAGCCUGUCUAGGAAAAAUGUCGUCCCUGAGAGCGGAUUUAUUUCUGAAAGUCCACCCAGCUGUGUGUCUAUGAAGAGCGACCACUCCAUGGAAAAGCCCAUAAGCCUGAGUGGGGAAAAUGUUGUCAUCCCUGAAGGACGGCAACACUUCAGAACAGAAGCUCUGCAGGAACCCUCACUGAUGAAGAUAACUACAGACUUACAGCAAGGCUUCUACCAACCAGUGAAUGAUGUUCUGUCCAGAGUCUUCAAGACUCACAAAACCAGCAUGCGCAACAAGAACCAGAGUUUAUUUGAAGGAAUUAAAUUGCACAGAAAUAAAACCCCUCUGAACACGAUUUAUACACAGCUCUAUAUCAUAGAGGGAGAGAGUGAAGGUGUGAAUAACGAGCAUGAAGUUUUACAGAUGGAGAAAAGGCCGAAAAGGCAGCACUUCCAUGACACGCCAAUCAACUGCUUAGAUAUAUUUAAGCAUGUCGAAGAUUACAAUGGAGAAAAUGGACCAGGAGUCCAAAAGCUCAGGACUGUUUUAACUAAAGGAAUUGCUGGAAUUGGGAAAACAGUGUCAGUGCAGAAAUUCAUUCUGGAUUGGGCAGAAGGAAAAGCCAAUCCGGAGGUCGAUUUCAUGUUUGUGCUUCCAUUCCGCGAGUUGAAUUUGAUUAAAGAUGACUGCUACAGUCUUCACAAACUCUUGUGUGACUUCCAUCCCGAGCUAAAAGUUCUGGAUACGUGUAUAUACCACAUGAGUAAAAUCGUCUUUAUCUUCGACGGCCUGGAUGAAAGCAGACUUCCGCUGAACUUUUUAAAUGGUAAGAAAGUAUCUGAUGUCACAAUGACAUCAUCAGUGAGUGACCUGAUGUCAAGCCUAAUUAAAGGUGACCUGCUUCCAUCUGCUCUCAUCUGGAUAACCUCCAGACCAGCAGCGGCCAAUCAGAUCCCUCGGAUUUACAUCGAUCGUGUGACAGAAAUUCAGGGAUUCAGUGAUGCACAGAAGGAGGAGUAUUUUAGGAAGAAAAUCAAUGAGAAAGACCAUGCCAGGAAAAUCAUUUCGCACAUUAAAAGGACAAGGAGUCUUUAUAUCAUGUGCCACAUUCCAGUGUUUUGUUGGAUAUUAGCCACGGUGCUUCAAGAAAUUAUGAAACAAAAUGAUCAUACAGAAGCUCCUAAAACUCUGGCUGAGAUAUAUGCGCACUUCCUGCUCAUUCAGACGAACGUGAAAAAUGAAAAGUAUGAAGAAAUGGAUGAGAAAGAUCCAGAGAAACUUCUGGAAACAAACAGAGCCAUGAUUUUGAAACUAGCAGAACUGGCUUUUAAGCAGCUGGUGAAGGGCAACGUGAUGUUUUACGAAGAAGACCUCCAAGAGUGUGGUAUUGAUAUCACCGAGGCCUUGGUGUACUCUGGGAUUUGUACGGAGAUCUUUAAGGAGGAAUCUGUUCUGUACCAGAAGAAGGUCUACUGCUUUGUGCAUUUGAGCUUUCAAGAGUUUUUCGCUGCUCUUUACGUGUUUUACUGCUAUAUGACAAAGAGGAUGGAGGCGCUGCAGGUUUUCAUGCCGCCGUGCACAGAGCGGUCCAGCGACGUUCCUUUGGACGAGUUGUUAAAAGCAGCAGUUGAUAAAGCUUUACAGACUGACAAUGGACACUUAGACCUUUUCCUCCGGUUCCUGCUUGGCAUCUCGCUGGAGUCCAAUCAGAGACUUCUACAAGGUCUCCUGGCACAAACACACAGGAGCUCCGAGAACAUCAAGGUUACGGUUCAGUACAUCAAAUGGCAGAUUCAAACUGAGGACCUUCCUACUGACAGAACAAUCAACCUGUUCCUGUGUCUCACAGAAAUGAAGGAUCAGUCUCUCUUGAAAGAGAUUCAGGAGUUUCUUAAGACGGAGAAGCAAUCAGAGAAGAAGCUCUCGUCUGCACACUGUACAGCAAUAGCGUACAUGCUGCAGAUGUCCGACGAUGUCCUGGAGGAACUGGAUGUGAAGAAAUACAACACAUCAGAAGAGGGAUGGAGGAGGCUGAUCCCUGCUGUGAGCAACUGCAGAAAGGCUCAACUAGCAGGCUGUUAUCUCACCGCAAGUUCCUGUGAAACCUUCACUUUAGCUCUGCAGUUAGAAAAUUCCCCUUUGAGGGAACUGAAUCUCAGUAACAACGACCUGAGGGACUCGGGAGUGAAGCUGCUCGCUGAUGGACUGAAGAGUUCACACUGUAAUCUGGAGAUACUCCGACUAGCUAUUUGUAAUCUUGGAGAAAAGGCUUGUGAAUAUUUGAGAUCAGCUCUCGUGCUGCCACACUCGGCCCUGAGAGAACUGGACCUCAGUAACAACGACCUGCGGGACUCGGGAGUGAAGCUGCUCUCUGAUGGACUGAAGAGUUCACACUGUACACUGCAGAUACUCAGGUUAUCUGGAUGUUUAAUCACAGGUGAAGGCUGCGCUGCUCUGGCUUCAGCUCUGAGCUCAAACCCGUCACACCUGAGAGAGCUGGACCUGAGCUACAACCAUCCAGGAGACUCGGGAGUGGAGACGCUCUCUGCGAGAAUGAAAGAUCCAGACUCGAAACUGGAGACACUCAGGUUGGAGGAUGCAGGCAAGAUUAGGCUCACAGCCGGUCUAAGAAAAUACGCCUGUGAGCUCACGCUGGACCCAAACACGGCACACACUCGUCUCGCUCUGUCGGAGGGGAACAGGAAGGUGACGCAUGUGCUGGACGAGCAGCCGUACCCUGACCAUCCCCACAGGUUUGAUUACUGGAAGCAGGUGAUGUGUACAGAGAGUCUGUGUGGUCGCUGUUACUGGGAGGCGGAGUGGGCCGGCGGGGAAGCCGUCAUAUCCAUGAGUUAUAAAGGAAUACGCCGGAAAGGAGGCCGAGGCGACUGCGUGUUCGGAUCCACUGAGAAGUCCUGGAAACUGGACUGCUCCAGUAACAGUUACACGGCGUGGCACAACAAGAAGAGAGCGGACAUCCCCGCCCCUCCGUCCUGCUCCAACAGGGUGGGCGUGUACCUGGACUGGACGGAGGGAUCUCUGUCGUUCUACAGCGUCUCCCCUGAGACACACACACACCUACACACGUACCACGCCACGUUCACCGAGCCGCUCUACGCAGGGUUUUGGGUCGACUGUGACUCCUCGGUGAGUUUGAUCAGCUCGAUACCCUUCGCCACCCUGAUGAUGAUAAAGUGGUUCAUGAAGAUGAAUGAAUGGAGAUUAAGCAUCAUCAUCAUGUUUACAGGGGUUAACUCCAUAAUGAUGCUUCCUUACACCAGUAAUGUAGACGAAACCCCUGAGACAAAGUUAAUGAAAGCAGCAUCUCCAGCACCCAGCUGUGUGUCUAUGCAGAGCGAUCGGUCCAUAGAGAAGCCUCCAAGCCUGUCUAGGAAAAAUGUCGUCCCUGAGAGCGGAUUUAUUUCUGAAAGUCCACCCAGCUGUGUGUCUAUGAAGAGCGACCACUCCAUGGAAAAGCCCAUAAGCCUGAGUGGGGAAAAUGUUGUCAUCCCUGAAGGACGGCAACACUUCAGAACAGAAGCUCUGCAGGAACCCUCACUGAUGAAGAUAACUACAGACUUACAGCAAGGCUUCUACCAACCAGUGAAUGAUGUUCUGUCCAGAGUCUUCAAGACUCACAAAACCAGCAUGCGCAACAAGAACCAGAGUUUAUUUGAAGGAAUUAAAUUGCACAGAAAUAAAACCCCUCUGAACACGAUUUAUACACAGCUCUAUAUCAUAGAGGGAGAGAGUGAAGGUGUGAAUAACGAGCAUGAAGUUUUACAGAUGGAGAAAAGGCCGAAAAGGCAGCACUUCCAUGACACGCCAAUCAACUGCUUAGAUAUAUUUAAGCAUGUCGAAGAUUACAAUGGAGAAAAUGGACCAGGAGUCCAAAAGCUCAGGACUGUUUUAACUAAAGGAAUUGCUGGAAUUGGGAAAACAGUGUCAGUGCAGAAAUUCAUUCUGGAUUGGGCAGAAGGAAAAGCCAAUCCGGAGGUCGAUUUCAUGUUUGUGCUUCCAUUCCGCGAGUUGAAUUUGAUUAAAGAUGACUGCUACAGUCUUCACAAACUCUUGUGUGACUUCCAUCCCGAGCUAAAAGUUCUGGAUACGUGUAUAUACCACAUGAGUAAAAUCGUCUUUAUCUUCGACGGCCUGGAUGAAAGCAGACUUCCGCUGAACUUUUUAAAUGGUAAGAAAGUAUCUGAUGUCACAAUGACAUCAUCAGUGAGUGACCUGAUGUCAAGCCUAAUUAAAGGUGACCUGCUUCCAUCUGCUCUCAUCUGGAUAACCUCCAGACCAGCAGCGGCCAAUCAGAUCCCUCGGAUUUACAUCGAUCGUGUGACAGAAAUUCAGGGAUUCAGUGAUGCACAGAAGGAGGAGUAUUUUAGGAAGAAAAUCAAUGAGAAAGACCAUGCCAGGAAAAUCAUUUCGCACAUUAAAAGGACAAGGAGUCUUUAUAUCAUGUGCCACAUUCCAGUGUUUUGUUGGAUAUUAGCCACGGUGCUUCAAGAAAUUAUGAAACAAAAUGAUCAUACAGAAGCUCCUAAAACUCUGGCUGAGAUAUAUGCGCACUUCCUGCUCAUUCAGACGAACGUGAAAAAUGAAAAGUAUGAAGAAAUGGAUGAGAAAGAUCCAGAGAAACUUCUGGAAACAAACAGAGCCAUGAUUUUGAAACUAGCAGAACUGGCUUUUAAGCAGCUGGUGAAGGGCAACGUGAUGUUUUACGAAGAAGACCUCCAAGAGUGUGGUAUUGAUAUCACCGAGGCCUUGGUGUACUCUGGGAUUUGUACGGAGAUCUUUAAGGAGGAAUCUGUUCUGUACCAGAAGAAGGUCUACUGCUUUGUGCAUUUGAGCUUUCAAGAGUUUUUCGCUGCUCUUUACGUGUUUUACUGCUAUAUGACAAAGAGGAUGGAGGCGCUGCAGGUUUUCAUGCCGCCGUGCACAGAGCGGUCCAGCGACGUUCCUUUGGACGAGUUGUUAAAAGCAGCAGUUGAUAAAGCUUUACAGACUGACAAUGGACACUUAGACCUUUUCCUCCGGUUCCUGCUUGGCAUCUCGCUGGAGUCCAAUCAGAGACUUCUACAAGGUCUCCUGGCACAAACACACAGGAGCUCCGAGAACAUCAAGGUUACGGUUCAGUACAUCAAAUGGCAGAUUCAAACUGAGGACCUUCCUACUGACAGAACAAUCAACCUGUUCCUGUGUCUCACAGAAAUGAAGGAUCAGUCUCUCUUGAAAGAGAUUCAGGAGUUUCUUAAGACGGAGAAGCAAUCAGAGAAGAAGCUCUCGUCUGCACACUGUACAGCAAUAGCGUACAUGCUGCAGAUGUCCGACGAUGUCCUGGAGGAACUGGAUGUGAAGAAAUACAACACAUCAGAAGAGGGAUGGAGGAGGCUGAUCCCUGCUGUGAGCAACUGCAGAAAGGCUCAACUAGCAGGCUGUUAUCUCACCGCAAGUUCCUGUGAAACCUUCACUUUAGCUCUGCAGUUAGAAAAUUCCCCUUUGAGGGAACUGAAUCUCAGUAACAACGACCUGAGGGACUCGGGAGUGAAGCUGCUCGCUGAUGGACUGAAGAGUUCACACUGUAAUCUGGAGAUACUCCGACUAGCUAUUUGUAAUCUUGGAGAAAAGGCUUGUGAAUAUUUGAGAUCAGCUCUCGUGCUGCCACACUCGGCCCUGAGAGAACUGGACCUCAGUAACAACGACCUGCGGGACUCGGGAGUGAAGCUGCUCUCUGAUGGACUGAAGAGUUCACACUGUACACUGCAGAUACUCAGGUUAUCUGGAUGUUUAAUCACAGGUGAAGGCUGCGCUGCUCUGGCUUCAGCUCUGAGCUCAAACCCGUCACACCUGAGAGAGCUGGACCUGAGCUACAACCAUCCAGGAGACUCGGGAGUGGAGACGCUCUCUGCGAGAAUGAAAGAUCCAGACUCGAAACUGGAGACACUCAGGUUGGAGGAUGCAGGCAAGAUUAGGCUCACAGCCGGUCUAAGAAAAUACGCCUGUGAGCUCACGCUGGACCCAAACACGGCACACACUCGUCUCGCUCUGUCGGAGGGGAACAGGAAGGUGACGCAUGUGCUGGACGAGCAGCCGUACCCUGACCAUCCCCACAGGUUUGAUUACUGGAAGCAGGUGAUGUGUACAGAGAGUCUGUGUGGUCGCUGUUACUGGGAGGCGGAGUGGGCCGGCGGGGAAGCCGUCAUAUCCAUGAGUUAUAAAGGAAUACGCCGGAAAGGAGGCCGAGGCGACUGCGUGUUCGGAUCCACUGAGAAGUCCUGGAAACUGGACUGCUCCAGUAACAGUUACACGGCGUGGCACAACAAGAAGAGAGCGGACAUCCCCGCCCCUCCGUCCUGCUCCAACAGGGUGGGCGUGUACCUGGACUGGACGGAGGGAUCUCUGUCGUUCUACAGCGUCUCCCCUGAGACACACACACACCUACACACGUACCACGCCACGUUCACCGAGCCGCUCUACGCAGGGUUUUGGGUCGACUGUGACUCCUCGGUGAGUUUGUAUUGACACGCUGUGAGAUCAGUUUGAUUUGACUCGCCGAUUUAUUUAUUUUUUUACUCCUCAUUGCACUUUAACACGACUGAUCUGACUGGUCAGAAGGUGUUGAUUGUUAUGUUAAUAUUAAUGCACUUUUAUCUUUUAUAAAAGUAAAAGGGAUUUGGAUUGGAUGUUUGGCAUCAUUUAAUGUUGAAGGUUUAUGUAAGGACUGUGUUCUCGUUCCGUUUAUAGAAGGAUAUUCCAGAUAGUUGAUAUUUUGGAGUAUUUUGAGUCAUAAAUUUUAAUCUGAUGUUAAAAUGUGGAGCGUCUGUGAAGGUGGCACUUGUGUAUCCCCAAACGUUUCCCAAUAUCAGACUAUUUGAGUGCAUGUAAAUGGAAAUCAGAUUUUCUGAUCAGAAUCAAAAUCCAAUUUUUAGCUCGUCUGGCUGUAGGCCAGGCUGCAUGAGUUUAUGCGAUCAUGUGUCAUCUGUCGUUCGUCCACAAUUUACAGAAAUCGCUGCUGUUCCUACAGGAGUGAUCGGAUUUCGAUCAAACUCGCAUACAGUGUUCUCCAGGUGGGUGAGUUUAAAAGUUGUCAAGACUGGUGCCACCUGUCAUAUUUACGAUUUUAUGGGCGUCUGGAAUUUUUUGGGUGACUCGUCACAUUAAACGCUACUGUUCAUAAACUGCUGGGACGUUUUCACUGAAACUCUAAAGACACAUUCCAACAAGACUUGUUCACCAGGUGGCGCCACCUGCCAUGGAUGUGGCUACACAGGGGUCAGAUACAAUUUCACGAAAAUCGCUGUUUCUCCUACAGGAUUGAUUGGAUUUCAAACUCACACACGCCACCAGCGGGGGGAUGAGCUCCAGCCUCACUGAGGCUUUUUUCCCCAUUUAACUGAUUAAGCAUUUGCAGGCGCUCAGUUAUAUUAUUUGCGCCCAUUCAAAGCAUUAUACUGUAACUGGUAAUAGAUACACAGUCCUGUACAAAAGUCUGAGGCACCCUAUUUUUUUUCAUACAAACUUUGUUAUAGAUUUCUGUUUUAUGAUUUCUACAUUAUAGAGUCAAAGCAUUACAAAAACAUUUUAGAGUCCAAACAUUCGUUUUUUCUUUUUCAGCACAACAUUAAAUGUUACAGAAAAAAAGUUUGUAUCUGAGCAGCAUAUUCCAUAAGAGACACUUUUCAGAUGAAAAAAGAAAGCAUAAUGAAGGCUGCUGGGUUUUGGUGUAAAAUGAAGAAGUGAGUGUGACAGUCAAAGUGUCCAGAAGAACUGGGGCUGGUUCUGUAAGAUGCUCAGGAAAACCUACAGAUCAUUUCCACAUAAAACUGACCUCACUGGACCUCAGACGGAUAUUUUAUUUAUUUAUUAAAGCAGAGAGUCGUCUCACACCAAACACUGACUUUGUUUCAUUUAUUACAGCUCACUGAUGACUGUUUUAUAGUAUUUUAUGUUGAAAGAUUUCAUUAUUUUUUAAGCCAUUUUUGUAAAGAAAUGUUUCUGUACAACUUUACAUGUGCCUCAGGCUUUUGCACAGGACUGUAUAUUAUAUCCGUUCAUUAUUUUUAUUCUUCAUAUUUUCAAUCUGGCGGCACGGUGGUGUAGUGGUUAGCGCUGUCGCCUCACAGCAAGAAGGUCCGGGUUCGAGCCCCGUGGCCGGCGAGGGCCUUUCUGUGUGGAGUUUGCAUGUUCUCCCCGUGUCCGCGUGGG